GUGUGAAUGAAUCUGAAUGCUAGUGCAACACACAACAUAAACGCAUUCUUGCUAGCUGUGAGUCAGUAGAACUAGCUGAAGGAUGUAUAGCAGAGCAGGAGUCAUGUCUCAGUCAAACGCCGCCUCUCGGAAAGCAAACAUGAAUCCAUCAAAGCUGUCCAAUUCGCUAAAAUCCAAAGGACUGAAAGACAUCAGGGUUGAUGAAGAAGUUAAAAUUGCGGUGAACAUUGCGCUGGAGAGAUUCCAGUACAACGACCAGAGAGCGAUGGAGUUUCCUUCUUCACUAACCAGCACAGAGAGAGCAUUUAUACAUCGCCUUGCACAAUCCCUGGGUUACGUUUCAAAAAGCAGAGGUAAAGGAACGCACCGCUUCCUCACCAUUUGGAAAAAAGACCGUCCAGAGUCAGCGCAGUCCAGUAUGACCUUUAGUCUUACCCACAAUUCCCAGCAUGUGGUCAAAAACUUGCUGCAGAGGUUCCCCAUUACUAGUAAAGAGCGCACUGAUCUACUUCAGCAAACUGAGCGAGGGCUUGCUGUUUCUCCAGAAGCUGGUAAUGGACGAGACAAAAACAGAACGAGCGGCCGACUGAAUAACGGCAUCCCUCAGGUUCCCCAGAGGAGAGGUUUGUCUGAGCUGGAUGGUUUUCGGAAAUCGCUGCCAGUCUACGAGCGGCAGGAGGAGAUCGUGACUACCAUCAAGGAGAACCAGGUGGUGCUGAUCGUGGGUGAAACGGGUUCAGGAAAAACCACCCAGAUUCCUCAGUUCCUGCUAGACGACUGCACCAAGAAAGGAAUUCCCUGUCGGAUCUUCUGUACGCAGCCCAGGAGGCUUGCGGCCAUCGCUGUGGCAGAGAGAGUAGCAGCAGAGCGAGGAGAGAGCGUUGGACAGACCAUCGGCUAUCAGAUCCGUCUGGAGAGCAGAGUUUCUCCCAAAACCUUACUGACCUUUUGCACGAGUGGUGUGCUGCUCAGAACACUGAUGGCUGGAGACUCUGUCCUCUCCACUGUCACACACAUCAUUGUGGAUGAGGUUCACGAGCGAGACGGCCUGACCGAUUUUCUUCUGACCAAGAUGCGGGACGUGCUGCAGAAAAUGCCUUCUUUUAAGCUUAUUCUCUCCAGUGCUGCCCUGGAUGUAGAUCUUUUUAUCAGAUAUUUCGGACGUUGCCCGAUUAUAUACAUCAAAGGACGGCCAUAUGAAGUCAAAGCGCUUUUUCUGGAAGACAUUUUGCGGACCACUGGUUACACAAACAAGGACAUGGCCAAAUAUAAGGCAGAGAUCCAAAAAGAAGCAAAGCAACAGACAUCCCUUACAGAGUGGUGUGAGGUGAAGGAGAGCGUAUCCCCAUCAGACUCGAGGAAAACCCGGCAGUCUGAUGCCGUCCUGCAGGACACUGACCUGCUGGACAAUGGCGGGGACAGUGUCUUCAGCCAGAUGAACGAGAAAGAUGUGACCUCCCUGGAGCCGUGGCUGCUGAAGGAAAUGGACACUUGCAUCUCAAGCGUAUUUCUGCAGCAGGAAGCUGAUGCCUUUGUGCAACUUUUUAACCUAAUCGUCAACGAGAACAUCAGCGUGGACUACAGGCACAGCGAAACGAGUGCCACAGCUCUGAUGGUGGCUGCAGGGAGAGGUUUCAUCAGCCAGAUGGAGCAACUACUCAGCAUGGGGGCCAAUGUGCACGUUAAAGCCUCUAAUGGCUGGACUGCUCUUGAUUGGGCCAAACACUUCAACCAGACUGAAGCAGUAGAUCUGCUGGAGUCACACAUCUCGUCUCUGGAGGCAGGUCAGCUGGACGAGUCAUCCUUGGUGCAGUCAUCCAGCGGGGAGCUCAGCGCUCAGGACCAAGAGCUGCUCAAGGCUUACCACCACAGCUUUGACGAUGAGAAGGUGGACCUAGACCUUAUCAUGCACCUGCUUUUUAACAUCUGUCAAAGCUCUGAUGAAGGUGCAGUGUUGAUAUUUUUGCCAGGAUAUGAUGAGAUAGUUGGACUGCGAGACCGCAUCCUUUUUGACGAUAAAAGAUUUGCAGCUCAUCAGCACGGGUACCAGGUGUUCACUCUGCACUCCAACAUGCAGACCACGGAUCAGAGGAAAGUUCUGAAAACAGCUCCUAGCGGAGUUCGCAAAAUCAUUCUCUCCACAAACAUUGCUGAAACAAGCAUCACCGUCAACGAUGUUGUGUUUGUCAUUGAUUCCGGCAAAGUUAAAGAGAAAGCUUACGAUGUCUUGAAUCAUGUGACCAUGUUAAAGAUGGUGUGGAUAUCAAAAGCAAGCGCACUACAGCGUAAAGGAAGAGCCGGGCGUUGCAGGCCGGGAAUCUGCUUUCAUCUGUUCAGCCGGCUGCGCUUCAAUAACAUGCUGGAGUAUCAGGUUCCUCAGCUGCUUCGUAUGCCUCUGCAGGAGCUCUGUCUUCACACUAAAAUUUUAGCCCCCAUUACUUGCCCCAUCGCUGAGUUUCUUGCCAAAGCCCCUGAGCCACCACCACUGCUCACUGUCAAGAACGCUGUGCAAAUGCUCAAGACCAUAGAUGCUAUGGACCCAUGGGAGGACCUGACCGAGCUAGGCUACCACCUAGCCGACCUUCCUGUGGAGCCGCACCUGGGGAAGAUGGUGCUAUGUGCAGUGGUGCUGAAGUGCUUGGACCCAAUCCUAACCAUCGCCUGCAUGCUGUCCUACAGGGAGCCGUUUGUGCUGCCAGGUCAGGCUUCACAAAAACGAGCCGCCAUGCUGUGCAGGAAAUGCUUCACUGCUAACACUUUCAGUGAUCACAUGGCCUUGCUCCGGGCUUUUCAGGCAUGGCAGAAGGCCCGCAGUGAUGGCUGGGAGAGGUCUUUUUGUGAGAAGAACUUCCUGUCACAGGCCACCAUGGAAAUCAUUAUCAGGAUGCGCACCCAGCUGCUGGGCCAGCUCCGUGCCAUAGGUUUUGUUCGGGCGCGGGGUUGCAGCGAUAUCCGGGAUGUAAAUUUGAACUCUGAGAACUGGGCGGUGGUGAAGGCGGCGCUCGUAGCGGGCGUGUACCCUAACGUGAUCCAUGUAAACCGUGACAAACAAACUCUCCAAGGUGCCAAAGAGAAGAAGGUUCGUUUGCACCCGACAUCUGUCCUGAGCCAACCACAAUACAAAAAGAUCCCGCUAGCGAACGGCCAAGCAGCAGCAGUUCAGUCUCUACCUACAGACUGGUUAAUCUAUGAUGAAAUGACACGAGCACACAGGACAGCCAGCGUCCGCUGCUGCACCGUGGUCACUCCGAUCACCGUGGCAGUGUUUGGGGGCAGUGCCAAACUGCCCAGCACUGCGCUUCAGGAAUCUUCCACACCCCAAGAUGAUGCUCAAUGUGAGAGCAGUGACAGUGAAAGUGAGGAUCGUACCACAGAGCAAGUGGCUCAGAUGAAGAUUGAUGAGUGGCUUAACUUCAAAUUGGAUCAGGAGAUGGCGUCCAUGGUGUUCCAGCUGAGGCAGCGUUGGAAUAGCCUGUUCUUAAGGAGGAUCCGUUGCCCCUCUAAGCCGUGGUCCCAGCUGGACGAGGUGACAAUCCGGGCCGUGGUUUCAGUGCUGAGUGCCGAAGAGCAGGAAGCUGGCCUGCAGCAGCCCACUGGAAUCGGACAGAGACCCAAACCCAUAAGUCCAGAUGAACCUCAGCAUCAAUCAAACAGCUGGCGGAGUAACAGUGGGCACAAGAGUCCCAUGGAGCAAAGACUUGAGUCUCCCACACCAGACAGGUCUCCAAAAGUGUCAUCCGCCAUCUCUCAGUUUAAGAGCCAAAGAGAUAAAGGUGCCGUCUUUAACAAACGUUCAGCUGAUGACGAUCUCCCAGUCCAGUCAGACAGCCCCAGCUUAUCCAGUCCCAGUCCCAGUCCCAGUCUCUCGUCCACACCCUCAACAAAAGGACCAGCUGUUCUUAUGUCAGCUGUAGCUGGGGCUUCUAAGUCGCCAUCGCUGAGGCCCAGACAAUUGGUGCGUUACUUCAUCAUGAAGAGCAGCAACCUUAGGAACAUAGAGCUCUCACAGCAGAGGGGCAUCUGGUCCACUACCCCCAACAAUGAGCACAAACUCAACCGAGCCUUCCAGGAGAACAGUACCGUCUUCCUUAUCUUCUCCGUGCAAGGUUCUGGACACUUCCAGGGUUAUGCUCGGAUGAGUACGGAGAUUGGCUCAGAGCGGUGUAAGGACUGGGGUUCUACCGGUCUGGGAGGACUCUUUAGUGUGGAAUGGAUCAGUAAAGAGAGUCUCCCUUUCCAAGUCACUCAACAGCUCCUCAACCCCUGGAACGACAACAAGAAAGUACAGAUCAGCCGGGACGGUCAGGAGCUGGAGACUCAGGCCGGAGCACAGCUGUUGCAACUCUGGGAUCGCUUUUCCAUUAAACGACAGCAAGAGCCAUGAAGAAUGAUGCUGGCGACACAACUGUGACCUUUGACCUCAUGUACCUCAAAUCAUAAGCGAAAUGAUGCAACAUGGAGUCCCCCAAAAAAUUUCCCCUCACAUCCUGUCUUUUCAUAAAUAUAAUUAAGGUGGUCCAGGCAUAUCCUUUUCACCUCAAGAGUCAUAAAUAUUCCACUGUGUAAUGGUUUUAAGUUUUCUAUUUCGUCUCAAACACUUAUUUACAUCCAUCCCAUAAUUCUCAGUUUGGCCAGUUUUCCUUUAACAUAGAGGCCAGUUUUUUUCGCUUUAUGAUUUUCCUGUUUGUGCUCUGAAAGAUCAAAUAACACUGUUCUCGUUGUUGCUAUAAAUGUUUUUAUCAUCAUUGGAAUUCUACUUUAAAGAAAUGGUUUAUUGGUCUUAUCUUUCAUUUAAGAGUGAAUCAUUUAAUAGAAGAAAAUACCUCCAGAUUCCACAAAUGCCCUGAUUAACUUUUCCAGAUUUCUAAAUCGAUCCAGAGAACCAGUGCAUACACGAUUCCAUUGUUCUUUUGUGAUUUUUUUUUUUUUUUUGUUUGUUUUUCCAUUUGAUUUUUCAUGUUAUGUGAUCGUUUAUUUAGAUUAUUUCUUUGCUCGUUUAAUUCGGCUAGGUGUUUAAAUAAACAGCUGGGUGUAAUGUUCAUCAACGCAUGGUUUUAUGUUGGGUUUAAAAUUCUACAGACAAUAAACAAGUUCAUGUUUUAA